UUUGUGGACGAGAGGUGAGCUCGCUGCUGGUUUUGUACAAUCUCCUCCCUCCUCUUCUCUUGCUACCUUCAUUCUGCAUCCUUCGCGUCGUCACGCAAUCGAGCUCUGAGCUAUCAUCAACGAGCUGAGAAGAGACGAGCUCCAUCACACCCGAUCAGUGGAACGACAGGACACCACAAUUGACGAUGGCCUCCAAAACAGGGCUUCCCACGCCGCAGAAGAAAAUUGAGCUGUUUAGCGGGACAUACUUCGGUGCUUGCACAAUCGGCGGCGUAAUCGCAUGUGGUCCCACUCACUCCGCCGUCACACCUCUCGAUCUCGUCAAAUGCAGGCGGCAAGUCGACAGCAAGCUCUACACUUCCAACCUCCAAGCCUGGUCCAAGAUCUACCGGCAAGAAGGGCUUCGCGGAAUUUUCACGGGAUGGAGCCCGACCUUUGUCGGAUACGCGUUUCAAGGUGCAGGCAAAUAUGGCGCCUAUGAGGUCUUCAAAUACUAUUACGGCGAGAAGCUCUUCCCCAACGCCCCGCAAACGAUCGUCUACCUUGGAGCCUCCGCGACCGCCGAAUUUAUCGCCGACGUCUUCCUCUGCCCAUUCGAGGCAAUCAAAAUCCGCAUGCAAACCACGAUUCCACCCUACGCCACCACUCUCCGACAAGGCUGGUCGAAAGUCGUCGCGGAAGAAGGCUUCGGAGGUCUCUACAAAGGUCUCUACCCACUGUGGGCGCGACAGAUUCCAUACACCAUGGUCAAGUUCGCGACCUUCGAAUCGGCUGUCUCAAUGAUCUACAAGCAGCUGGGUAAGCCGAAAGACUCGUACAACGCUCUGCAACAGACCGGAGUGUCGUUCGCGGGUGGCUACAUUGCCGGAGUUGGAUGUGCGGUUGUGUCGCAUCCUGCAGACGUGAUGGUGUCGAAGCUCAAUGCUGGGAGGAAAGCGGGCGAAGGCGCGGGUCAGGCGUUGGGGAGGAUAUACAAGGACAUCGGGUUCAAGGGAUUGUGGAAUGGAUUGCCCGUGAGGAUUCUGAUGAUUGGCACUUUGACGGCAUUCCAAUGGAUGAUUUACGACACGUUCAAGGUGCAGCUGGGCUUGCCGACGACAGGAGGGCACUAG